AAGAAAUGACAAGAACUUAACGAAAAGUCUCUUUGUGUUGUGAAAUUUUCUCUACUACUUUUCCGGGUGUUUUGUGGGUUAAAAUGGGCAGUGGUGGUGAUGUCUUGGUACCCCCAACCUGUGAUUAUGGGCCAAAUCUCAAAUUAAUCCCCACAAAUGACCAAUUGAAGGAACUUCAGACUAUCCUGCGCGAUAAGAACACCAGCCGCAGUGAUUUCAAAUUCUACGCCGACCGUCUCAUCCGCCUUGUGAUUGAGGAGAGUCUCAAUCAACUUCCCUAUUCCCCAAUUCGUGUUAUAACCCCCACAGGAGCUCACUAUGAUGGGCUGAAGUAUCGAUCCGGAAACUGUGGAGUGUCCAUUGUUCGUUCUGGUGAGGCCAUGGAGCAGGGAUUGCGCGAUUGUUGUCGCUCAAUACGCAUCGGGAAGAUUCUCGUGGAGUCUGAUGCUGAGACUCACGUUGCCCGGGUUGUCUAUGCACGAUUCCCGGAAGAUAUCUCCCGAAGGCAGAUCCUCCUCAUGUACCCCAUAAUGUCAACAGGGAAUACAGUCAUCCAGGCAGUUAAUGUGCUGAAGGAGCAUGGAGUUCCGGAAAAUUGCAUUAUCCUCUCGAAUCUCUUCUGCACCCCAAUGGCAGCCAAAACCAUCGUUUCAGCCUUCCCGCAGAUGAAGAUUCUCACAUCUGAACUCCAUCCAGUGGCACCAAAUCACUUUGGUCAGAAGUAUUUUGGAACUGAUUGAUUUAUCCGGAAAAAAACGUUCCUCGUUUGAUCAAGUCAGCAAGUUCAUCCUCCCUGGACAACUUGCCGAGUAUUUUAUUUAAAUAACAUAUUUUAAUACAAGUUUUGUCAAUAAACUAAUCCUAAAGAAA